AUGAGAGUGGGAGGGUGGGUGCUGGUGCUGUGUCUGGGGGAGGCGAGUAGUAUCGGGGGGGGUGGACUGGCCUCUGUACACUACGGAGUUGAAAAAUUCGUGGGCUGUAUUGCAGGAGGGGAUUGUGGGGCAGGGGGAGGGUGGGACUGGCAAUUGGGUCGGCUAGUUUGGGGCGGGGUGGGGGGCGCAAUGAUGAUGCAGGGGGCGAGGGGGGGGUGCUUUGGUGGGCUGUGGGGGCGGGUCGGGGUAGAGGAGGUAGUAGUCAUGGGAGAGCGAGGGGAGGGGGCCGGGGGGGCAGGGGGUGGGGGAGGGUGCGGGUUUGUGAGAGUGAUCGCGGGGGGGGAGGAGGGGGGGCGGGUGUGGGGGGGGGGGGGGGGGGGGGGGGGGGGGGGGGGGGGGGGGGGGGGGGGGGGGGGGGGGGGGGGGGGGGGGGGGGGGGGGGGGGGGGGGGGGGGGGGGGGGGAGGGGGGGGGUGGGGGGGGGGGGGGGGGGGGGGGGGGGGGGGGGGGGGGGGGGGGGGGGGGGGGGGGGGGGGGGGGGGGGGGGGGGGGGGGGGGGGGGGGGGGGGGGGGGGGGGGGGGGGGGGGGGGGGGGGGGGGGGGGGGGGGGGGGGGGGGGGGGGGGGGGGGGGGGGGGGGGGGGGGGGGGGGGGGGGGGGGGGGGGGGGGGGGGGGGGGGGGGGGGGGGGGGGGGGGGGGGGGGGGGGGGGGGGGGGGGGGGGGGGGGGGGGGGGGGGGGGGGGGGGGGGGGGGGGGGGGGGGGGGGGGGGGGGGGGGGGGGGGGGGGGGGGGGGGGGGGGGGGGGGGGGGGGGGGGGGGGGGGGGGGGGGGGGGGGGGGGGGGGGGGGGGGGGGGGGGGGGGGGGGGGGGGGGGGGGGGGGGGGGGGGGGGGGGGGGGGGGGGGGGGGGGGGGGGGGGGGGGGGGGGGGGGGGGGGGGGGGGGGGGGGGGGGGGGGGGGGGGGGGGGGGGGGGGGGGGGGGGGGGGGGGGGGGGGGGGGGGGGGGGGGGGGGGGGGGGGGGGGGGGGGGGGGGGGGGGGGGGGGGGGGGGGGGGGGGGGGGGGGGGGGGGGGGGGGGGGGGGGGGGGGGGGGGGGGGGGGGGGGGGGGGGGGGGGGGGGGGGGGGGGGGGGGGGGGGGGGGGGGGGGGGGGGGGGGGGGGGGGGGGGGGGGGGGGGGGGGGGGGGGGGGGGGGGGGGGGGGGGGGGGGGGGGGGGGGGGGGGGGGGGGGGGGGGGGGGGGGGGGGGGGGGGGGGGGGGGGGGGGGGGGGGGGGGGGGGGGGGGGGGGGGGGGGGGGGGGGGGGGGGGGGGGGGGGGGGGGGGGGGGGGGGGGGGGGGGGGGGGGGGGGGGGGGGGGGGGGGGGGGGGGGGGGGGGGGGGGGGGGGGGGGGGGGGGGGGGGGGGGGGGGGGGGGGGGGGGGGGGGGGGGGGGGGGGGGGGGGGGGGGGGGGGGGGGGGGGGGGGGGGGGGGGGGGGGGGGGGGGGGGGGGGGGGGGGGGGGGGGGGGGGGGGGGGGGGGGGGGGGGGGGGGGGGGGGGGGGGGGGGGGGGGGGGGGGGGGGGGGGGGGGGGGGGGGGGGGGGGGGGGGGGGGGGGGGGGGGGGGGGGGGGGGGGGGGGGGGGGGGGGGGGGGGGGGGGGGGGGGGGGGGGGGGGGGGGGGGGGGGGGGGGGGGGGGGGGGGGGGGGGGGGGGGGGGGGGGGGGGGGGGGGGGGGGGGGGGGGGGGGGGGGGGGGGGGGGGGGGGGGGGGGGGGGGGGGGGGGGGGGGGGGGGGGGGGGGGGGGGGGGGGGGGGGGGGGGGGGGGGGGGGGGGGGGGGGGGGGGGGGGGGGGGGGGGGGGGGGGGGGGGGGGGGGGGGGGGGGGGGGGGGGGGGGGGGGGGGGGGGGGGGGGGGGGGGGGGGGGGGGGGGGGGGGGGGGGGGGGGGGGGGGGGGGGGGGGGGGGGGGGGGGGGGGGGGGGGGGGGGGGGGGGGGGGGGGGGGGGGGGGGGGGGGGGGGGGGGGGGGGGGGGGGGGGGGGGGGGGGGGGGGGGGGGGGGGGGGGGGGGGGGGGGGGGGGGGGGGGGGGGGGGGGGGGGGGGGGGGGGGGGGGGGGGGGGGGGGGGGGGGGGGGGGGGGGGGGGGGGGGGGGGGGGGGGGGGGGGGGGGGGGGGGGGGGGGGGGGGGGGGGGGGGGGGGGGGGGGGGGGGGGGGGGGGGGGGGGGGGGGGGGGGGGGGGGGGGGGGGGGGGGGGGGGGGGGGGGGGGGGGGGGGGGGGGGGGGGGGGGGGGGGGGGGGGGGGGGGGGGGGGGGGGGGGGGGGGGGGGGGGGGGGGGGGGGGGGGGGGGGGGGGGGGGGGGGGGGGGGGGGGGGGGGGGGGGGGGGGGGGGGGGGGGGGGGGGGGGGGGGGGGGGGGGGGGGGGGGGGGGGGGGGGGGGGGGGGGGGGGGGGGGGGGGGGGGGGGGGGGGGGGGGGGGGGGGGGGGGGGGGGGGGGGGGGGGGGGGGGGGGGGGGGGGGGGGGGGGGGGGGGGGGGGGGGGGGGGGGGGGGGGGGGGGGGGGGGGGGGGGGGGGGGGGGGGGGGGGGGGGGGGGGGGGGGGGGGGGGGGGGGGGGGGGGGGGGGGGGGGGGGGGGGGGGGGGGGGGGGGGGGGGGGGGGGGGGGGGGGGGGGGGGGGGGGGGGGGGGGGGGGGGGGGGGGGGGGGGGGGGGGGGGGGGGGGGGGGGGGGGGGGGGGGGGGGGGGGGGGGGGGGGGGGGGGGGGGGGGGGGGGGGGGGGGGGGGGGGGGGGGGGGGGGGGGGGGGGGGGGGGGGGGGGGGGGGGGGGGGGGGGGGGGGGGGGGGGGGGGGGGGGGGGGGGGGGGGGGGGGGGGGGGGGGGGGGGGGGGGGGGGGGGGGGGGGGGGGGGGGGGGGGGGGGGGGGGGGGGGGGGGGGGGGGGGGGGGGGGGGGGGGGGGGGGGGGGGGGGGGGGGGGGGGGGGGGGGGGGGGGGGGGGGGGGGGGGGGGGGGGGGGGGGGGGGGGGGGGGGGGGGGGGGGGGGGGGGGGGGGGGGGGGGGGGGGGGGGGGGGGGGGGGGGGGGGGGGGGGGGGGGGGGGGGGGGGGGGGGGGGGGGGGGGGGGGGGGGGGGGGGGGGGGGGGGGGGGGGGGGGGGGGGGGGGGGGGGGGGGGGGGGGGGGGGGGGGGGGGGGGGGGGGGGGGGGGGGGGGGGGGGGGGGGGGGGGGGGGGGGGGGGGGGGGGGGGGGGGGGGGGGGGGGGGGGGGGGGGGGGGGGGGGGGGGGGGGGGGGGGGGGGGGGGGGGGGGGGGGGGGGGGGGGGGGGGGGGGGGGGGGGGGGGGGGGGGGGGGGGGGGGGGGGGGGGGGGGGGGGGGGGGGGGGGGGGGGGGGGGGGGGGGGGGGGGGGGGGGGGGGGGGGGGGGGGGGGGGGGGGGGGGGGGGGGGGGGGGGGGGGGGGGGGGGGGGGGGGGGGGGGGGGGGGGGGGGGGGGGGGGGGGGGGGGGGGGGGGGGGGGGGGGGGGGGGGGGGGGGGGGGGGGGGGGGGGGGGGGGGGGGGGGGGGGGGGGGGGGGGGGGGGGGGGGGGGGGGGGGGGGGGGGGGGGGGGGGGGGGGGGGGGGGGGGGGGGGGGGGGGGGGGGGGGGGGGGGGGGGGGGGGGGGGGGGGGGGGGGGGGGGGGGGGGGGGGGGGGGGGGGGGGGGGGGGGGGGGGGGGGGGGGGGGGGGGGGGGGGGGGGGGGGGGGGGGGGGGGGGGGGGGGGGGGGGGGGGGGGGGGGGGGGGGGGGGGGGGGGGGGGGGGGGGGGGGGGGGGGGGGGGGGGGGGGGGGGGGGGGGGGGGGGGGGGGGGGGGGGGGGGGGGGGGGGGGGGGGGGGGGGGGGGGGGGGGGGGGGGGGGGGGGGGGGGGGGGGGGGGGGGGGGGGGGGGGGGGGGGGGGGGGGGGGGGGGGGGGGGGGGGGGGGGGGGGGGGGGGGGGGGGGGGGGGGGGGGGGGGGGGGGGGGGGGGGGGGGGGGGGGGGGGGGGGGGGGGGGGGGGGGGGGGGGGGGGGGGGGGGGGGGGGGGGGGGGGGGGGGGGGGGGGGGGGGGGGGGGGGGGGGGGGGGGGGGGGGGGGGGGGGGGGGGGGGGGGGGGGGGGGGGGGGGGGGGGGGGGGGGGGGGGGGGGGGGGGGGGGGGGGGGGGGGGGGGGGGGGGGGGGGGGGGGGGGGGGGGGGGGGGGGGGGGGGGGGGGGGGGGGGGGGGGGGGGGGGGGGGGGGGGGGGGGGGGGGGGGGGGGGGGGGGGGGGGGGGGGGGGGGGGGGGGGGGGGGGGGGGGGGGGGGGGGGGGGGGGGGGGGGGGGGGGGGGGGGGGGGGGGGGGGGGGGGGGGGGGGGGGGGGGGGGGGGGGGGGGGGGGGGGGGGGGGGGGGGGGGGGGGGGGGGGGGGGGGGGGGGGGGGGGGGGGGGGGGGGGGGGGGGGGGGGGGGGGGGGGGGGGGGGGGGGGGGGGGGGGGGGGGGGGGGGGGGGGGGGGGGGGGGGGGGGGGGGGGGGGGGGGGGGGGGGGGGGGGGGGGGGGGGGGGGGGGGGGGGGGGGGGGGGGGGGGGGGGGGGGGGGGGGGGGGGGGGGGGGGGGGGGGGGGGGGGGGGGGGGGGGGGGGGGGGGGGGGGGGGGGGGGGGGGGGGGGGGGGGGGGGGGGGGGGGGGGGGGGGGGGGGGGGGGGGGGGGGGGGGGGGGGGGGGGGGGGGGGGGGGGGGGGGGGGGGGGGGGGGGGGGGGGGGGGGGGGGGGGGGGGGGGGGGGGGGGGGGGGGGGGGGGGGGGGGGGGGGGGGGGGGGGGGGGGGGGGGGGGGGGGGGGGGGGGGGGGGGGGGGGGGGGGGGGGGGGGGGGGGGGGGGGGGGGGGGGGGGGGGGUGUCGUAUGAGUCUUAUUGGCUUACGUUUAAUUUUUGGUUCAGUCACCCUGUGGUAAUGGGGGAAUGGGGGUGGUUGGGAGGGCGGCACAUUGUAUGCAUGCUGGUUAGGUUUCUGGUGCUUUUGAUUAUGUGUUGGAGCUGGGGGGAGUGGAGGGCGAAGGGGAAAGUUGCGGGCGCAGCCCGGGGACGAGGAGGGGAGCGUGGUAAGUCAGUGGGGGGACAGGGGGGUUGGGGGGGGGGCUGGAUGAUUGUGAUGACAUUGAUUCCUCUGUUUGAUGAUGACACUGGACUUCUCAUCCUGGCUGGAAUGGGAGACACUGUGAUUGACUGCUUUGAAGUGUCUUCCUCUGAGCCUGUGCUUACACAAGUGAGCCACUGUCUCACAGAUGCAUCGACUCGAGGCGUUUGCCUGGUGCCUAAACUAGAACUGGACAUCAUGUCUUGUGAAGUUAUGCGCGCUCUUCAGCUCACAGACAACAACAUUGUGCCCGUCAGUUAUCAAGUCCCUCGGAAGAACUCAGGCCAUGAGUUCCAUGAAGACCUGUACCCAGACACAGACGGUCCAAUCGCUGCCAUGUCUGCUGACGAGUGGUGGCGAGGGGGGAACAAACAGGUGGAAAAAGUCAGUCUUAAUCCAGACAAACGACCCAAGACCAGUCAAACAUCAGUGAAGAAGGCGGAGGCCAGCAGCAAAACCAAGAACGAUGUGGCGCGUGCUUGCUCCACUUCCAGCAGUCCUCUGAGCACCCCCAGCAGCAGUGCAGCCCCGUCCCGCUCUCCCUCCUCCACCUCAGGCCUCUCCUCUGGAUUUGUCCCCAGCCCGAGUCCCAGCCAAAGCACCAAGGCCAUCCACAGCCUGCUGGGUCCCAGCACAAAGUUCCGUCACAUUCAGGGCUCUGUGAUGCACAAAGACUCUCACAUCACCAACAUCAGGAACCUGAACCUGACCACGCCCGGAGAGUGCGACGGCUUCUGCGUCAACAACCAACUAGUGGCUGUUCCUCUGGCUACCUCCGGGGGGCAGAUCGCUGUCUUUGAGCGUUCCAAACCUGGCAGACAACCGGACACAAAUGUGCCCACAGUUCAGAACUCUGUGAAUGUGGCUGACCUCUGCUGGGACCCCUUUGACACACAUCGUCUGGCUGUUGCCGGAGAAGAUGCCAAGAUCCGUGUGUGGCAGGUGCCAGAGGGAGGCCUUGUCGAGACCCUGACUGAACCCGAGCUCAUACUUCGAGGGCACAGUGAGAAGAUUUACUCUAUAAAGUUCCACCCUCUGGCCAGUGGGCUGCUGGUGUCCUCGUCCUACGAUUUCACUGUGAGACUCUGGAACCUGGAAAGUGGCGAGGAAAUCAAAAUCCUGUCCGGACACGAAGACCAGGUGUUUGGCAUGGCAUGGAGUCCAGAUGGCAAGCUUCUGGCAACAGUUUGUAAAGAUGGGAAAGUUAGAAUCUAUGACCCUCGCCAGUCAGGAGCUCCGGUGCAGGAGGGUCCCGGUCCUGAGGGGCACAGAGGGGCGCGUAUCGUGUGGGUGUGUGAGGGCAAGUACCUGCUGGUGUCUGGAUUUACCCAUCAAAGUGAGAGAGGUCUGUAUUUGUACUUGGCUGAGGCUCUGUCGUCUGGAGCAGUGUGUAACAUUAAUGUGGACGUCUCUCCUUCGACCCUGAUCCCAUUUUAUGACCCCGAUACCAGCGUGGUCAUCCUCACCGGAAAAGGUGACACUCGAGUUAACAUCUAUGAGAUUGUCCCUGAAAGUCCUUAUUUUAUCGAGUGUAGCAGCUUCACCACUCCUGAGCCUCACAAGGGUUUAGCUUUUCUGCCCAAGACUGCUUGCAAUGUCCGGGAGGUGGAGAUAGGAGUGGCAAUGAUGCUCACCAAGACCACCAUCGAGCCCGUCGCCUUCAAAGUCCCACGGGUGAAGAAAGAUUUCUUCCAAGAUGAUGUGUACCCACACACGGCUGUGUGUUGGGAGGCAGCUCUGACGGUCUCUGCGUGGCUCUCCGGCUCCAAUGGUGAACACAAGAGGAUGAGCCUCAAGCCUAAAGACAUGACUCCAGUGAGUGAAGCCCCCAAGGAAGCUACCGUGAGGAAGUACAUGCCUUCAUCGUUUUACCUUGAGGAGAAAUCAGACGAGCAAAAGAAAGAGGAGCUACUCAGUGCUAUGGUGGCUAAACUUGGGAACCUGGACGACGAGCCGCUGCCACAGGAAGCAUUCGAGGGAGUGGAUGAGGAUGAGUGGGAUGACUAG